AUGAUCCCAUUCAUCCUUCCAAUUAUCUUGGUUCUUCUACCACUGAUCUUCAUCAAGUUCAUAUACUCCACCAUAUGGGUCCCAUACAAAAUACAACGUCACUUCUAUAAACAAGGAAUCAAAGGGCCUGGCUACCGUUUGAUUUAUGGAAAUAUGCGAGAGUUCGAGAAAGGAUACGAUCUUACAUACAACAAACCAAUGGGCUCAUUGAGCCAUGAUAUAGCCCAUCGUGUGGAUCCAGCCUACCAUAAUUGGGCUGAAAAGUACGGGAAGAAUUUGCUAUUUUGGAAUGGGACGAUUCCCAGUCUUGCUGUGGCUGAUCCAGAAAUGCUGAAAGAAAUUUUUCUAAAUAAAUCUGGACACGUGAGAAAAAUCAAGAUUCCACCCUUGGCUGACCAGCUCUUUGGGAAAGGACUCAUUGACUUGCAUGAUGAGAAAUGGGCUAUUCAUAGGAGAGUUGCUAAUCCCGCUUUCAUGGUUGACCAAGUCAAGGCAUGGAUUCCUGAAAUAGUGGGGUGUGUUCAAAUGGUUUUAAAGAAGUGGGAAGAAGAGAUGGGCGGGAAGAAUGAAAUAGAACUUGAAAUGGUGAAAGAAUUUAUGUCCCUUUCAGGAGAAAUUACAUCACAAACAGCUUUUGGUAGCAACUAUGAAAAGGGAAAGAACAUUUUCCAAUUACAAGAUCUCCAAGCUGCAUUGACAGUGAAGGCUAUAAGGAGUGCCUACAUCCCAGGUCUCAGGUUUUUGCCUACUAGCGAAAACCGGAUGAGAUGGAGAAUUGCACGCGAACGGCAUUUCAAUAACCAAGGAAUUGAUGGCCCAAAGUAUCGUCUUUUCUACGGAAAUUCAGAAGAGAUCAAUACUUAUUACAGAGAAGCUGCAUCAAAGUCGAUCCCUUUCCACCAUGAUAUCGUUCAUCUUACGGUGCCUCAGUACCACAACUGGUCACCAAAGUAUGGAAAAACAUUUCUGUUUUGGUUUGGAACGAAGGCGCGUUUAAAUCUAGCUGAACCAAGUAUGAUUAAGGAGCUCCUGUUGAAUCAUACUGAUUGUGUUGAUAAGGUUGAAUUCAACCCACUUUCUAGAAAUCUUUUCGGACAAGGAGUCGUUGGUUUGUUUGGUAAGAAAUGGGCUGUUCAUAGAAGGAUCACUAGCAAAGCAUUCAACUUGGAGAGAGUGAAGGCUUGGGUUCCUGAUAUUAUUACUACUACCAAGAAGUUCAUCAGCAAGUGGGAAGAAGAAUUAGGAAACAGAAGUGAAUUCGAAAUGGAUGCGCACAAAGAACUCCAUAAUCUCUCAGCUGAAGUUAUCUCAGUUAUAGCAUUUGGAAGCAGCUAUCAAGAAGGGAAGCGCAUAUUUGAGUUGCAAGAACAGCAAAUAAGCCUUACUUUGCAGGCCAUGAGAACCAUUUAUAUCCCUGGAUUUAGAUUCCUGCCUACAAAGAAGAACAUAAUAAGGUGGAAACUUGAGAAGGAAACCCGCGAUUCGAUUAGGGAUUUGAUAAAGAAAAACGGGAACCAUAGCGAAAAUGCCCGGGAUUUGCUCAGCCUGUUAAUGUCUGCCAAUAAGAACUAUGACAAUGAUCAAGGAGGAGAGGGAUUAGAUCUGGAAGAAGUCAUAGAUGAAUGCAAGACUUUCUACUUUGCAGGAAAGGAAACAAUUGCUAAUAUGUUGACUUGGACACUUUUUCUUCUAGCACUCCAUCAAGAAUGGCAAGAUAAAGCCCGUGAAGAAGUUUUUCGCGUCUGCAACAAAGGCAAUGAUCAGCUUCCAAGUGCAGACAACAUAAACCAACUCAAACUCUUGACAAUGAUCAUAGAUGAAACAAUGAGGCUCUACCCACCAGUUGUACAUAAGCACCGGAAAACUUCCAAGAGGAUCAAGUUGGGAGAGCUAGAUGUGCCUGCUGAUACAGAAUUCUUUGUGCCUUUGGUUGCAGUUCACCAUGACCCUGAAAUCUGGGGAGAAGAUGCAAAUGAAUUCAAUCCAAUGAGGUUUAUGGAGGGAAAGAAGAAGCACAAUAUUGCCUCCUACUUUCCAUUUGGUUUAGGCCCUAGAUUUUGCGUGGGCCAAACUUUGGCCAUGGUUGAAGCCAAAGUCAUCUUAGCCAUGAUCAUCAAACAUUUUUCGUUCUUCCUUUCACCAUCUUAUGUCCAUUCUCCGGUGAUGUAUCUUUCUUUGCAGCCUAAGUUCGGUGCUCCGAUCAUGUUCCGGCCAGUGUCAUCCUAA